CUCAGGCUGUUGUCGCUAAAUGCCAGGUCUGUGGUACAUAAUAACCACCCAUGGGUUACCGGAUGUGAUAGUCUCAGAUAAUGGGCCCCAGUUUACCUCCACCACGUUCCAAGAAUUCCUGGCCGAACAAGGAAUCAGACACGCAGCCACAGCCCCUUAUCAUCCAGCUAGUAACGGCCGGGCGGAGCGCGCAGUUCGCUCAGCCAAAGAAGCCUUGGGCCGCAUGGACCAGGGCGACUGGCAGGAAAGAGUGGCGGCGUAUCUCUUGAGCCAGCACUCUACACCCUGCCCAACGACUAAUAAAAGUCCUGCGGAGCUCUUGAUGGGAAGGAGAUUGCGAACCCCCCUAGAUAGGCUACAUCCACUUUAUGCAGGGGAUCUGCCGAGCAACCUAGGGGCCCUUCCUUCCCAUACGUUUAAGUUAGGGGAUCCCGUAUGGGCCCGUUCCUUUUCCGGGGAUCCACGGUGGGUUCCCGCAACCAUCACAGCUCUGACUGGCCCCUGUUCCUUCAGGGCCGGUCUGGCCGACGGAACACAAUGGAGGCGCCACCUGGACCAGUUAAGGCGACGCCUCCCCGCGGAAGCAGACGGCCCGAGCCUCUCAGACACUCGCUCUCAGCGUGAGCUACCCUUGAUGACCUUUUCCCCAACGGACUGUCUCCAUUCGGGGAACGGGGGACAAGCCGACUUCUCGGACAGACGUGCCUCAUCCGGCUAUUCCUUUCCGCGAAGCCCUUAUCGAGACUCUGAAUCUACAUCCCAACCAGAUUGCAGGGGGCCACUGUCGGACACUCCUGUUGCCACGGAGACGCCACCUUGGACAAAUGGACACUGGGCACGGGGCCCCGGGCCAGCACCAUCUCUUGGGGCCGCGCCGCAGACUCACCGCCCCGCCACGGACACGCCGCCGCCGGCGGUUUCCCCCUCGACGAAAACCGCCGGGGAAUUACGAAGGUCGGGACGAGAGCGUCACCGUCCCACCUAUCUACAAGACUAUGUUUGCCCUUCCUAAGGGUACCUUGACUAGGGGGGAGGGGUGUUGAAUACUAGCGCGGGAAGUAAGGUCUCCCUUUCUGAUUGGUUCUUGGGCGGAGCCGGUUUAACCCUCUCUCCGAUUGGUUGAGCUACUCGACGCCCUAUUGGCUCAUUGUUCAAACUUGGGGGUAUAAAUGUUUGGCGCGAACCACGCCACGUUGAAUCGUAGUUACUAUGAGCUGAAUAAAGGUUACUGCUUUGCUA